UGUACUUUUAUCAACUUUUCUGGGAAGGUAUUUGUGUUUCAUUACGUUAUAAUAAUCUGCGACUCAAAGAUGUGUGAUUUCUAUUUCUAACCAUUGAGCAGUUAGUUGUAACUCAUAAACUCAAUACAUAUGCACCUACAUUGGUUUAUUAGUAAAAAAAAAAAUAACAACAGUAAUAAAAACAAAACUAAAGGAGGAAGUAUUUCCUUAAUGGGAUAACACUUUUUUUCUUCCUAACUCUUUCUAACAAACCCUGUUUGCCUCCGGGCUAAUGAAGACGUGCGCCCUGUUGCGUUGCGCGUCUGCCCAGACAGAGCCUGUUUCAGCACGCCUCCCGUCUCUUCCGCGGAAACAUUUGCUCUGCCGUCAGCUUCAGACCACUCCCUCCCUCCGUGUGCGAACGGAAGAGCAGUUCAGUAUUUACUCGCCACAGUGUUGCCGUUUCUUUUCAGGAUUAUGUUCAUGGCUGAGAAUGGCCGAGGCCAACGCGCUUGAGGAACUUCAUUCGGAGCUCACCUGCCCCGUGUGUUUGGAGCUGUUCCACGACCCGGUGAUCCUCGAGUGCGGACACCACUUCUGCCAGGUGUGCAUCAUCCAGUGCUGGGAAGCCAAGGCGGACGAGCUGUCGAACUGUCCGAAGUGUAGAAAGUCGUGCUCCCGUAAACUGCGACCCAACUCGCUCCUGUGCAACGUCGUGGACAGCGUGCGGAGAGCCCGCACCAUGGACGCGUCGGGGCCAUAUGGGUAUGGGUGGGAGCACGAAUGUUCGCCGGAGAUGCCGGAGGAACGCGAGCUCGGGUCCAGCAUGAGCAGCGUGGCCUCAUCCAUCGGGCACUGGCCGCGCCACGGUACAAUGGAUAUGUGCGAGGAGCAUGAGGAGAAGCUGAAGCUCUACUGUGAGGACGACCAGCUCCCCAUCUGUCUAGUGUGCGGCAUGUCCCGGGACCACAAGACCCACAAUGUCAUCCCCAUUACCGAAGCUUUUGAAAACUACAAGGAUAAGCUAUCUGUGGCUCUCGAGAGGGUUCAGCUGCAGACGGAGGACGCCACGCUCUUCCAAAAACAGACCAAUGACAAGAUCCUACUCAUUAAGGAGCGAGCAGCAGAUCUGGAGGAGCAGGUCACCGCGGAGCUUGGCCGCCUGAGGGAGUUCCUUCUCGAGGAGGAGGAGCGCAUCAAGGAGAAACUGAAGAAGCAGAAGGAGGAGAAGCUCAACCAGCUGGAGGAGGCGCUCACUCAGGCCACGGAGCAGAUCAGCGAGCUGGAAAGUACGGCGGAGAAACUACGCCUCAAACUGAGGGAAGAAGAAAACCCAGAGCAACUCAAGGGAAUCAAGGACUUUAUUGGAGGGGCCGAGAGUUUGUUUGAGCGCCCCCCGGAGGUGGCUGUGGAUCUGCAGUCAGGAGAGUUUCUGGGACCUCUACAGUACAGGACGUGGAGGAAAAUGAUUUCAAUUUUUCACCCAGCUGUCACAGCGGUGACCCUUAACCCAGACACAGCCUACCCCUGCCUGUGGGUGUCUACAUGCCGCACCAGCGUCCAGGUAGGAAAAAUCCAACCAAACCUGCCGAACAACCCCGAGCGCUUCACCCGCUACAACAUCGUCCUGGGCUCCGAAGCGUUCUCCUCAGGCCGACACUACUGGGAGGUGGAGGUGGGCUCCAAGACGGCGUGGGGUCUUGGCGUUGCUGCAGCCUCCGUCAACAGGAAGGAGGAGAUUAGCCUCUGCCCCGACGAUGGCUUCUGGACCGUGAUUCUGAGAGACGCAGGCAACGGCACCAGCGAGUACGAAGCAUGCACCGACUCAGAGGAGAACUUGUUGUAUCCCCCCAAACCGCCCAGGCGGGUGGGGGUGUAUCUAGACUACGGGCGUGGCGAGGUGGCUUUUUACGAUGCUGGAGACAUGAGCCACCUCUUCACCUUCUAUGACGCAAAAUUCAAAGAGCCCGUUUUCCCCUACUUCAACCCGUGGCCAAUCAUCAACGGACGCAACCGGGAGCCGCUCACCAUAGUAACGCCACACUGGGGGUAGAUGUCGUUUUUAUCACAGACUUGAUGAAUGGAUUCAGGGCGCAAGAGGAGGAACUACGAUGGACUCAUUUCAUGAGCAUUCAUAAAUCUGCUUUGUCAUAAAGACUCAGACAGGAAACUCAGCAGAUAAGAUGGGAGACUGAACUGGAGAAGGAAACUAGAUAGAUGACACUUUACAAAACGUUUUUUUUUUUUUUACAUAUUAGUUACAAAUAAGUAGUCUUCGAUUUGUAUGUAUUCUAUGUACAGUUUAAGAAAUUAUGUGUCUCAGUAAGUAGGACUUUUAUGUAAUUUUUUAAUGGGGACGUGCCAUCACUUUCACAUUUAUCCAACACUAUUUAAAUGUAGUGUACAUGAUUAUUCUUCAGUUUUAGCAGCCUGACAGUUAAAAUGAAGGCAGACAUAUUUUAUUUGGGUGUGAGACUUUAAGAUUAUGAUUGAAUUUUCUGUUGUCGUUGUUGUUGCUUCCACUAGAGGGAACCAAAAACCAGCUUUGAACGCAGCGUCACUGUUCAUCAGUUAUUUUGGGCAUAAAAAUGUUUUAAUUUUCCUUAGAUUUAAAACCAUACAGAUGGAGUGUUCACCUCAAGAUAUAAUUAAUUAUUUCACCAAAGUCACCAAAUAAUAAUAGUUUAGUUGGGGGAAGAAAAAAAAAACAUUAGGAAGAGUGACAGAGGACAGAUCCAUCUGUAAGAUCCACAGAUUAGGCAUAACAUUAUGACCACCUUCCUAAUAUUGUGUAGGCCUCCCUUGUGCCUCCAAAACAGCUGUGACUCGUCAGACAUGGGUUUUCCAUGGGUGCUAUGGUUUGAGCAGAGGGGCCUUUGUGGAUCAGACUUGUUCCAGUACAUCUACAGAUACUAGAUCAGUUUGGGAUAUAGUGAAUUUGGAAGCCAGGUCAACACAUUGCGCUGUUUCCCAAGUGUUUUUUUAGUUGUUCCUAAACCGUUUUUGUGUGUGUGCCUGUGUCAGGCUGCAUCCUACUGGUCUGGUCUAAGUGAUCGGUCCAAAGGUUUCUCAGUGGAACACAGUAUUGCCUAAGAUGGUCAGUGUUAUUUGUUUCUCCUGUCAGCGGCUGCAGUGUUGUCGGCGAUCAUGUAUUAUUGAUUUCAUAUGAUGAACAGUCCCAAUUAGCAACCAAACGAUCAUGCAAUUAUGACCAAACUCAUAAAUAAAUUGAGAGCAGGCAACAGAAAUAGUAGUUUGUAGUACUACUGAACUAAAUUGUGUUGUAUCAGCACAUGUUUCUAUUAUUUUGCCAACCAGAUUUUAGGCAGUGGUCGGGCUUAUUAACAGAAAUCAUUUUAGGGUUAGGAUUAGGUUUAGUUAAUCAGGGACCGUCACAACAAGCAAACCAAGCAACUGUUUGAGAUCCUGUGAAAAUCAUGAAAAAUGGGUCCCCCAGAUGGUUUCCCUUUGACAACCAUCAACACCGUUAAUACUAUGAAAGUCGUACACUUCAUCGACUGUGCCCCCCCAGUUUAACAGCACCACAAAUUAUCUUCUAAAACAUAGGUCUUCAACAGGGGGUCCGUGGAGGAGGGGUCGCAAAAUCAUUGGGUGAUUAGACAUUUUUCCUAUAUAUAUUUUUUAAUUUUCCUCCACAAAUGAAAAUUUCUUUAACUACACAUUAACAUGGAUCCAACACGUUUUAGUAAAGGGAUACAUGACGGCAGAAGACGUCAUAUUUCAGUCAGCACUAGUCGAGACCUGUCAAUUUAAGCCUCGCAUACACAGUAGGCCCCGCCCCUAACGUUGUCGAGCCAAUCACGAGGCUGCAUAUUAGUCACUGAUUCUGUCAGGUUCCCCCGCAAUUGGUCGAGAGCCUAUUCAGUCCCCAGGUGAAAUCUCAGAGGCGCGCUGCAAUAUUAGCAGAAGAGAAGCUAACAUUGCAUGGUAUAUGUAGGUACGUAUGUUUAUGGCAGUUGCACAUGUGUAUUAUUUGAUUUCACUAUUUGUUUCACUUUGUUGCACACAAUGUUUUAGCAAGUUAAUGUAUAUGAAUACCUGACAUUCAGGUAAGGCAAAGAAAGAGAGAGGGGGAGAGAGGGGACAAAGAACCCAAGCGAAUGGGGCACAGACAAGGGAAAGACAGAUCUCCAUCCGUCCGUCCGUCCGUCCGUCCGUCUGUCUUCUCCCACUUAUCUGGGACAGCAGCCUCAGCAGGGAAGGCCAGAUAGCUCUCUCCCCAACAACUUCCGCCAGCUCCUCCGGAGGACACACAUCUCUCAUGACGGAUAAUUGCCGCUGGCGCAUCUGACCGUGUGUUACCUGAGUGUCGCCAAGUUCAGAUGAGGUCUCCAGAAAAGUAACCGAAAGUGAUUAAAGUGAUUAUGUCUUGUAAUCAAAUUCAGGAGCCUUACAACAAACGCUCUAGUGUGGAGCUUAUUAUGUUCGUUUCUUUACCGUUGCUGACGUGCCAAGUUGUUUUCAGCACAUAUUAAAAUGUAAUGUAACACGAAAACAUCACAUGACGCACACAGAGGGGCAACAACAUCACGUUUGACACAAGCUCAACGAAAACAUUUAAUUCACAAUGUUUUUGCGACUGAGAUAAUCAGCUGAGUAGUUUGGUGUUAAUGUCCUUUUUCUGUCCACUUAAGCAAGGUUAAUGAGCGUCCUCAUGCCAAUUGAGCAAUUUGAUAAUCUGUGACUACAAUUACGAACAAAUAAAUAAUGAGAAUUAGUCUGACCCAAA